AUGCGUUCUUCUAUUAUCUUCCUUUCGGCUCUGGCUACUGCCGUCAUGGCUGACAAUUCCACUGACACUUACACCUUCCCCGCCGGCUUCAAUAUCGGUUUGGUUUCCAGUUCCCAGCUCAGCGACUAUUGCUCUGCCCAGCGCAACACCUGCCCCGAGAUUUGCCAGCAAGGCACCAAGCUCAACUCGUGUGACCCAAGCACCCUGAAGUUCAGCUGUGUCUGCAGCGAUGGUUCCACCCCCGACGUGACCCCCUACGCGCAGACCGUUCCUUUCUUCGUCUGCCAGGACACUUAUAUCCAGUGUGUCAACUCGCACCCCAAUGAUGCCGAGGGUCAGCGCGCCUGUAAGAAGGCCGCCACUUGUGGCUCCAAGAACGCAAGCGCGGUGACCACCACCGCUUCUACUACGACCAUGUCUUCGACUACUCUGGCUUUGGCCACUGCGACCGAGUCGUCCACCACCCAAACUUCCUCCGUGGCUCCCGCCAGCACUACUACCGCCAACGCUGCUGUCGCUCUCGGCGAUCUGACUCAGUACUCCACUGGUCUGAUGGCUGGUCUUAUGUUCGUUGCUGCGCGCAUGGUUCUGUAA